UUCGUUUGUACGUGUCGCGCUGUGACAAAGAAAUUCUUUACGUCUCUGUUCAUUUUGUGCUCACUUUAAAUUUAUUUCUAGUCAAGUACCUACUUGGAACUGGGUGUGAGCCCAGAUACGGUGUAGUUUUAUGUAAUCGUAUUAAUACUUUUGAAGCGUAUGAUGUCAAGUGGAAUUUUGUGAAGUAUCUUGUUAUGUUGUGUGCCCUUCACGGAUUGAAUUAAGUGUUUCAAAUUUUUCCGAAGAAAAGUGAAGUGUUUGCUGCGCAAGUUACUUUAUCAUUGUUAUGCUCAGCCAACAAGUGACCAGUGUUCUCAUUUAGUGGAUUGUAAACUUUUUGGAUUUCAAACAUUCCCAUGGCAACUGUAGUGGAAAUUAUAAGCUGGGCGACAUGAACGCAUCGCCGCAUAGUCACUCGCAUCAAGCAGGGUAGCUCUUAAAAGACGGUGCGCAUCCGAAGUGCAGAUUAUGGACUACGGUUUUAAUAAUGUAUUCGAAGGGACGCGCCAGUAUUUCAUGGGGCUACCUAAACAGGCUCAGGCCGAGGGCAGCGGUCAGCCCGUCUGGCCGACGAGCGCGCCGCCGCCGGAAGAAGGAGCGCCUGCUCAGUCAGGAGCUCCCGCGCCGUCCUCGCGCCCUCCAUCCGCCGCCGCCGCGCCGCCUUCCACUCCCGGGCCCACGGUGAUCGCGCCACCGCCCCGCCCGCCCCGACCGCCCUCGGAGCCUAUCGAACCCGAGCCCCACAUCAUUCACAAAGCGACUGUGAUGCGCGAGGCAGCCGAGAAAAGACGGGAAAUGCCAGAUCCAGAAGACGAGGAAGAGCCGAUGGGAGCGUUAUCCCCGCCGUCGCAUAUCAUUCGCAAGCCUACGCCUCGCACGCUGCCGUCCCCGGCGCCUGCGCCCGCCGCGCCCUGUCCGUCUCCGGCGCGACCGCCCUCAGCGGCGCCUCUCGCCCGGCCGACCUCGUCUGAACCGCAAAUAGACCAACAUGGGCAAUAUCGAUCGUCAAUCCAACGGGUUCAAACUCCAACGGCGAGGCCGCCGGAUCAAUAUACACCGAGCAGACCGCCCGAUCCUUAUUCAUCUUCACGCCCUCCAGAAUCAUUCGCCCGCUUCCCGUACGAACCGCCAGUACACGAUGGCGGUCGAAAUUCACACGGCCCGCCGGUAGCGUCGCCACAGCCGGUUCCCGCUCGACACAGUCCGACGACUUAUGCGAGGCUGUCCAGCGUCAUGCCACAGCAUGCCGUAGCUCGUUUACGUGAGUCUGCCGUCCAGAGCCCACCGUCAUCACGCUAUUCUAUGCAACCCGCUCAGGCUCCGCCGCCGCACAACGAUCGUGUCCCACCGAUACAUCAUCCGCAAGCGCCGCCUCCCACACAGAGGGUCACUGUUGAAGGACGUUCUGCUCAAGCUUACCUGCCUCCGGUUCAUCGUCGUGAAUCGUCUUUAACGCGUAGUUCUCAUUACGAUAGGCAUCCAUCGAUACCGGCCCGGAAGUAUGAUCCUCAACAAGCAUAUCCAGGCUACAGACCCAGCCUUACAACCCAAAAUCAUCGAGUCGAGGCGCUUCCUCAGUACAAGCAUAGCGGGUCAGAAGGUUUGAAUACACAUUUCGCAGCGAGACCUUCGGAGCGCGCGCAGACUCAACCGAUGGGCAAUGAGCCCACGCGAAUACAGCCGCGAAUUGAUUUUCAUGGGAAAAGUAGAUCUGUCGAUACUAGACCGAGUUACCAUUAUCCCUCACCGUCGACAUCUCACGUAAGAUAUGCGCCUAGUGCGCCAGUACCGACCAUUCAGCAUAACGCUUCACUCCAACCGAGGACAUCAUAUCGAGGCGCGGCCGUCGCUAAAACAAGCUACAAUUAUUCGCCAGUGAAUCAAGUUCAGAGUUCACCCUCUCGGUCUUCAAUAAAGGCUGGAUAUAGUAAUCAACAAACAAGAAUGACGGUUUCCGUCACUUCUAUAGUGAAUGAAUUGAACCAGACUAAAAAAAGAGAGUCCCCUCUUGAUUUGUCCGUAAAAACUGUUAAAAACUCAGCAGACUCUUCUACGACUCAAGAUGAUGCAAUUGAUUCGGCAUCUUAUGAAAGUAAAUCGCUUCCUUUGCAACCGCGUCCUACUUCCAGUAGUCGCCAAGUACCGUCUUUACCGGGCUAUAUUGUAUCUCAUAAAGUUGAUUUUGCACCUGACUUUAAUCAAUAUAGAGAUAGAAAUACGAAUCAUAAUUGCGCAACUCCUCCACAACCAGUGCGCUACAAUGGAACUUACGAGACUGCAAGACCUGCUGCCGAGAGAAUAUCGUAUCCUGUAGAAUCUCGCCACCACCAUUACGCCGAUCGUAGUAAAUAUAAUGGUCCCGUUCAGCCUAGAACAGAUUAUGUUCCUAGAAUAGACCUCACAAGAUCAGUUGCCGAUGAAAGACAAACGGAAAGAGUUCGAGAAGAUCCCCAAAUUGUAAUGGAAGAACGAAAACGUCCAGCUGGACCUAUUGUAAGCAACAUUCCGGAAAAAUUAGUGAGAUAUGAAACAUGGACUUCAGACAGUCGGAUAGAACGUAUGAGCCAAUCGGCACGUGAACAACAUGAGCUAAUGAGUCGACCUGUAUACAGUUACAGUAGUCAUAAAAGAUUUGAGGCUUAUCAAAAUGAUCAAAAAAGAGUAACAGCAUCAAACAUGUAUCGUGAUCAUCACCCUCACACAACUCAAAGACACAGUCGCACCGUCUAUCCAGAAAAACUUAAUCGCGAUAUUAGUGAUUAUCAAGCUCACUACCACGAUAGAGUUCCGACUAGUAGCCGUCAUGUAAUACAGAAAAUUCCGAGCCAUAAAGAUGUACACCCUCAACAUUUAGAUGUGCAAAACGGUCCUGCAAAUAAGAGCGUUUUGAGUAUAUUAAGAAAUAGUUUAGAGACUAAACAAACGGGAUACGUCGAAACGACAAGACCUAUUCGACAGAUAUCAGAUGUAAUUGUCCUUGAUGACGUAGACGAUUCUGUUAUAGAAAUUACCGAUUUAACUAAAGAUGGUGAACAGGAACCGACGAAUAAAAAUAAUCCGAAAAUGCAAUCUAAUCAAAAUAAUCCCAUACUUGGUCAUCAUAUUCAAAUGCCAAAGGCUGUAGACUCUUUCGCCCGUGAUUCUGUUUAUCAAAAAUGUGAAAACUCUCAACCAAAAAGUAAAUCACCUGAAAAUGAUGUCGCGGCUAGAAUCCGUACUAAAGCGGAAUUAAAAGUAAUGCCUCCAUCUCAAGAUAGCAAUCAAAAACAAGACAAAUCUUCUGAUUCUGAUUCCGAAAAGGUGAAAAUACUUCCCAAGUCUCAGAAACAACAUCUUUUUAAUCAGAUAAGAGAAGACAACUUACGAUUAGAGUCGGUAAUAAAAAAUGAAAAACCAACUGAUGAAUUUAUUUCAGAAGUAAAAGCAGAACCUAUGAAUAUAGACGAGAUAGAAAAGGAUGCAGUAGCUUCAAUUAAGUCGGAAAAUAUUUUAGGGAGCUUAGAACCUGAAAAUUUAAUACCUGUAGACCAGUCAUCACCUGAAGAUUUAGACUGGGCUAGUGCUUGUGAUAGUUUCAUGGAGCAACUCAAAACAGGAUGUUUGAAGAAAAAAAAUAAUAGAAAACGAAAUGAUACUCUAGAUCAUGAAACUGAAGUGAAAAUCCCAAAAGUAGUAAAACUCGGAACAGAAGAAAACAGCUCAGACAAAACAGAAAUAAUUUCCACGACUGUAAUUGAAAUUAAGCAAGAACCUAUUGAUGAGGAUGAAAAAAUAGAAACUGAAACUAGUAUUGUAACUGAGCAUGAAGAACUUCUCACUGAAAUUCCGAAUGAAAUUGAAAAUCAUGAAAGUGUCGAAAAUAAAGAUAAAAAAGAUGAUGCGAAAACUCAGAAAUCAAAAACACAAGGGAAAAAUAAAACAAAACUAGAAAAAAAAGAUGCCUUACCAACCUCUUCUGCAACACCCGUAAAAAACGAUAGCUUCCCAACAAAAACGGUAAUAAAAGAAGAAAUGGAUUCAACAGAUGAAGAUGAACCAUUGAUAAAAAGUAAAAUAAUGAAAGAAAAAGUCCAGAGAGAACUUAAAUACCAAAUGUUAAAGGAUUUAUCAGAAAAAUCUGUGUAUGUGAAGCUGGAGUGUUGCGAUGAACAAGUCAGUGUUAAUAGUAGAAAAUCUACAGAAACCAUAUCAAAAGAUAAAGUGGAAAAACCAGCUAAGGGAAAGACUAAUAGGCUCAUAUCCAAAACAAAAGGCAAAACAUCGAUUGCUGAAAGUAAAAAUGAGAAACGAAAUGAUAUUUCUAGUUCCGAUAGUGACGAUGAUGUGAGCGUUGCGAGUAGACUUCGAGUGCGUAAAGUAAAUAAAAGUGACGACAACAAAAAUGAAAUAGCGAACAAAACUCCCACUAAGUCAUCUCCAUCAAAGAAAUUAGAUACGAGCAGUGCGAGCAAUAGUUCAACACCAAUUCGUAAACCUGGUUUUGGAGAUGGCUCUAAUUUUCAUCCUGGAUGGGAAGACGAACUUUACAAAUACAAAAGAUCUCUUCGCAUGCCUACGAGGCUUAUAGCUAUUCCUCGGGGACGAUCGGGAGAGCCAUUUGCUAAAGGCUCAGCCAAUUUAUUUACGCGGGGUUCGACUUCACUUCCAGACUUAGAUCCUGUCCCAUUGUCACCCGCUCCGUCAUCCUCUCAAUCGGCGGCGACGGAUGAUCUAUAUGGUAGACGCCCUGAUAAAAUGAAUUUGGAUAGUGAUUUAGAUUCAAAUUCGAGUUGUUCCGCACCUAAUCGCCUCCAAUACGACUCGGAAGCUUCAACAUCUACUGUUUUCUCUGCUUGUAAAGUCAAAAAGAAGUCUAGCUCAAUUGUCGAUGUUCUCAUACAAAAAUAUGGAAAAAAGGAAGAAACGAAGAAAAAAUCCAAAGACAAAGAUGAAAAAAAUGCUAAGAUUAUGCAAAAAAAUUCAAAUGUGUCAGAAUUACUACCAACCCCAGGUUUAGGUCUAGUGAAAAAUGGCAGCAAAGGCAACCUUAGUGCAAAGAAAGAAAAACUAAUGGAAGAUAUAUUUUAUUUGGGAGCAUUCAGAAAAGAAACUGUUACUGCAUUUCGAAAUGCCUUUAUUAAGAACACCGAUGGAUUACUUGGUACUACGGAGGAAUUUACGCCGAUGGUAUUACAAACUAGAACAAGAACCGAAAGUCGUGUGCUGAAACAACGAGCUACAAUAAAAGAAGUGUUCGGAGAUGAGAGACCGGCCUCAGCGCCGCCGACCUCAUGCAGGCAAGAAGAAGUAGCCGAGCCGCAACAAGAAAAGAUCGUCGAAGUUAAAAAAGAAUCUGAACCUAAACCAAAAUUUAAACCAAGGAAAAUAGCGAAAGAAAAGAUGAAACGGAGAUCUAGCUCAAUACGAGAUGGCUUGAGAAGUACUAAGUCUCUGAAACGAAAUGACGCUAAAGGUCGUUUGCUACGGUUAAAAAAGAGGAAUAAUUUGAUGAAAACAUUCAAUGCUAAACGUAAAGAAUCCACCUCUAAUAAAGUUAAGAAAGAGAAAAGUCCAACGCCGGAAAACAAAGACAACGCAAAAGAAGAGAAUAGUACUCCCGAAACUGCAGAGACGAACACAAAGCGAAGAUUUAAACGUUUAUUUGGAAGAAGAAAAUUUAGUUCCGGAUUUGAUUAUAUUCGGAAAAAGAAGAAAAUGAUAAGAAAAGAUGACAAUAAUUGUAACAAAAUACGUCGGCCGGCACCGAAACCGAGUCCAGAGUCCGUCCAUGAUAUACAGAAGGAGAUUAAAAGUUGGUUUAUUAAUAAAAGUAUUGGAGAAACACACCUGCAUAGAGCCGCCAGACUUGGCUUCACUGAUUGCGUCGCAUACUGCUUGGAGAAAAUGGAGGCGGAUCCGUCGGCUAAGGACAACGCGGGCUUCACGCCGCUGCAUGUGGCCGCGGCCAGGGGACACGUGCGCAUUGCGCGCCUGCUGCUGCAAUACGGCGCCAACGUGUCCGCCGCCGCACAGGGGGGCAUUAGACCAUUACACGAGGCGUCUGAGAACUGUCAUGUGGAAGUGAUCCGGCUGCUCUUGUCUUACGGCGCGGACCCGCUGCUUGGCACGUACGCCGGGCAGACGCCGGGCGAGCUGGCGGAGGGAGGCGCCGCGCUGCUGCUGCGCCUGCACGUCGCCGAUGUACAGGGGCAAGCGCAGGAACCCUGGCGUUUCCCACCACCCACUGAACCCAUCGACUGCGAGGAGCUGGGUUGUGACCCGCUGCAAUCGCCGCCGCCCGCGACUCCGCCGCCGCCCGCCGACACCACCAUGGAGAUACAGACGACAGACGCGCCGCUGCCACCCUUCUACAGCCUGCGCUCUGCUACCGGACAGCCUGUGGACGGCCUCUGGUGUCUGCUGCAAGACAUCGCCAAUGUCUUACAGAUAAAAUCAAAAGAUAGUCUGCUGAAACAAAUACACUGCGGUUCCGGAUCUCCGAAGGAGUUACUACGCGAGAUUCGAACCCAGGAAUUCUUGGAGAGGGCGCAGUGCCACCAACUGCUCUGCGCCGGGGAGAAGGUCAACGUGAGAGCCUCCAAAGUGGCCCUCAUCAGGGUUACCGACAAGCUUCGACAGCUCCUCAAAAUAGAGACUGUACUCGUUAGCUGAUAUUAGAUAAAUGUCGCUUAAUUGUGUUCAUAGCGUGCAUUAUUUUAGACUCAAUAAAUUUAAAUUUAAUAAUUAAACACAAGCUAUAAAUAUUAAGUGUUGUCUAUAACUUAAUCGGUUGUUAAAAUAAACAUUAAAAGAAUCAAAUGAAAUAACACGACACAGAAGAAACAGCAAACUUUAUAAGAAAGAAAACAAUAAUCAAGUUUGCCAUUAGACAAUAAAAUUACAUACAAGAA